AUGUGGAAAAUAGUUACAUCAGCUGCUCUUUUUCAUUGCAGAUCUAACAAUGUUUUAGGUAAGAAGAAGAAAAGGCCCGCAAAUAUAAUCUUCAUUUUGACUGCUGUCGGAGUGCUUAUCUCUGCUUUAAUCUGCGGAGGCAUACUUCUAAAGAGAAGACUAACAAGUAAAGGAGAUGAAAGGAAAACUGAAGGCCUACAAUUACCUUCAUUUGGUUUGGCAACUGUAGCUACUGCCACGGAUAACUUCUCCAGCAAAAACAUGAUAGGUGAAGGUGGUUUUGGUCCUAUUUACCGGGUUAUCAGAUGGACAAGGAGUAGCAGUAAAAAGACUAUCCAAAACAUCCAAACAAGAAGCCUCGUCAGAUUAUUGGGAUGUUGCACUAAAAUAGACGAAAGAAUUUUAAUCUAUGAGUACAUGGAGAACAGAAGCUUGGAUAAUUUUAUUUUUGAUGAAGAUAAAAGGACAAUAUUGUCAUGGCCCAAGCAUUUUGACAUUAUUAUGGGGAUUGCUCGUGGAUUUCUCUAUCUUCAUCACGACUCCAGAUUAAAGAUUAUCCAUAGGGAUAUCAAAACAAGCAAUAUCUUGCUAGACGAAUAUCUAAAUCCGAAGAUUUCAGGCUUUGGCUUGGCAAGAAUUGUUGGAGGGGGUCACGAUAUAGAAAGAACAAAAAGAGUUAUUAGGACAUAUUAA